CGAGUGUGGCCCCGCCUCCACCUCCUUCGACGCAGCCUCUAGUGCACUUUCGGCUCCUUCCCUUUCCCCGGCCUUCCAGCUUGAUCUUUCCGGGCCUCACUUCCCCCAGCCCCUGCGCCGGGCCCGAACGAGAGGUUCCGGAGCCCCGCUGCGGGCGGAUUCUGGGGUGUAGACGCUGCUGACCAGCCCGCCCCAGCCGAGGUUCUCGGCACCGCCUUGAGAGCUUCAGCUGCCCCAGGGUGUGCAGAUUAGAAUCCCAAGAAAAUCAAAUGGCAUCUGGGGAUUUCUGCUCACCUGGAGAAGGGAUGGAAAUACUUCAACAAGUGUGCAGCAAACAACUUCCUCCUUGUAACCUGAGUAAAGAGGACUUGUUACAGAACCCAUACUUCAGCAAGCUUCUCCUGAAUCUCUCACAGCAUGUAGAUGAGAGUGGCUUAAGCCUCACCCUGGCAAAGAAGCAGGCUCAGGCAUGGAAGGAAGUUCGACUGCAUAAGACAACAUGGCUGAGGUCUGAGAUUUUACAUAGAGUCAUUCAAGAGUUGCUUGUGGACUACUAUGUGAAGAUGCAAGACACAAAUGUAACUUCUGAGGACAAAAAGGAUUUUGUGUGGAUGAGGGCUCGGCUACAGCAAGAAGUAGAGGAGCAGCUCAAAAAGAAAUGUUUCACUCUGCUCUGCUACUAUGAUCCCAAUUCAGUCCUCUGCCCCCUUUGCCCAGAUGCUGACAGUGAAACCGUGAAGGCAGCAAAGGUAUGGAAACUUGCAGAGGUCCUGGUGGGUGAGCAGCAGCAGUGCCAGGAUGCCAAGAGCCAACAGAAGGAGCAGAUGUUGCUGCUGGAGAAGAAGAGUGCUACUUACUCCCAGGUGCUUCUCCGCUGCCUCACUUUGCUGCAGAGGCUUCUUCAGGAACACCGGCUGAAGACUCAAUCCGAGCUAGACCGCAUCAAUGCCCAGUACCUGGAAGUCAAAUGCAGUGCUAUGAUCCUUAAGCUGAGGAUGGAGGAGCUAAAGAUUUUGUCCGACACUUACACUGUUGAGAAAGUGGAAGUUCAUCGUCUGAUUAGGGACCGUUUGGAGGGAGCCAUUCACCUACAGGAGCAGGACAUGGAGAAGUCAAGACAGGUCCUGAACUCCUAUGAGGUCCUUGGGGAAGAGUUUGACAGGCUGGUGAAAGAGUACACCGUACUCAAGCAGGCAACGGAGAACAAGCGGUGGGCUCUCCUGGAGUUCAACAAGGCCUAUCAUUGAGCUCUGGCAGGGCCAGGAAACGUGGCUUCUGCACAGCUGCUGCCUCCUAAUCUUCCUGCUAGUAGGACCACCUUCACCUGGGGCUGCCUUCACUACAAGGGAGUGUGGAAAUGCUUACGCUUACUUGAAACACUGCAGUCAUUUAGGCACCCUCGUGGUUUCCCUUUAUUUUUUAUAAUGAUUAGGCCUCUUCUGGAAAAUCUAGCAAGCAGAUUUAUAUAAUUUUUAUGCAUAGCUGUGUGUCAGUGUCAGCCCUGUAUUAUAUUUGAUUAUCUCCUGAAUAAAGUUAUGAUAUUAUAUCUUA